UAACUUUUUAAUAUGGAAAUGUCCAUAGUAUGGGCGCCUAUGGGCUCCAAUCUCGGUGCAGUGUAGCGACGAAAAGUUUUUGGAUUUCAGAACGUACAAAUUAUCGUAACUGACACGUUUCCCUAUCUCAAGCUACGAAGAUGCCACGAGGAAAGUUCGUGAACCACAAAGGCAGGAAUCGUCAUUUUACGAACCCGGAGGAAUUGGAGGAGCAACGGCGUCAAGAGGAGAAAAAGCAACAGUGGAGAAAAAACAAAGGACAGGAUAGUUCUAGCGAAGAAGAAGAAGAUGAUGAAGAAUCAAAAACCAGCACAGCUAACAAGUCAAAAGAUCUCAGUAGCACGGAUAGCGAGAGUGAAUCGGAGUCAGGAUCGGAAACAGAGGGAGGAAAAGCGAAGGGUGUAGAGAAUUUAAUUCAAGUAGAAAAUCCAAACAGGCUGCAAAAGAAAACGAAGAAGCUGUCUCAGUUGAAUCAAGCACUGGACACUGCGAAACCAGAGUUGUCUCGAAGAGAACGGGAACAAUUGGAGAAACAGAGAGCCUACGCGAACUAUCAAAAAUUGCAUGCUGCUGGUAAGACGGAGGAGGCCCGGGCGGAUCUAGCACGAUUAGCUAUAAUUAAACAACAACGCGAGGAGGCGGCGAAGCGACGGGAAGAGGAGAAGAAGCAGAAGGAGAUGGCGCAACAGAAGAAAACUGAGCUGACGCAGAAAGCACUUGGAAAGAAGUCCUAGAAGGAGGAUUUGAGGACUACUUACGAAUAAAUAAUCGUCGCAAUAUUAAUAUCCCAAUUUGCAUCCAAACUACCAUUGACAAACCGAUCCGUAUGUUUGCUAUACGCGUUUUAUGAUAUGUUAACAUCAUUGUUUAUAUAAAUACAAUUGUACUAUAUCCAG